AUGGUGAAUGGGCGCUCGUGCCGAAUCGAGAGCCGCAAUCCGGGGGAGAGGCAUCUUCGCAACGCUGCGAUUGGGCCGAGAGCCUCGCACCUAGAGGAAAGCCUCGUGCUGACCGAGACACAAUUUCUGCGAGCGCAAGAAUCUAGUAAUUGUGAGUGGCGUGGUGGCAGCGGGCGGGGCUCCCGGGCAUGCAUCUCCUCGCUGACAUAUUUACGAGUCACACGAACCCCUCCCGACCUCACCGGCACUGCCACCCCCCACCAACCCCCCGGCCCGCCGCAGCGGCUUCUGUCGCAUCGCAACGCGUCGCACGCACGCCCCCCCCCCCCCCCCAACCACCACCACCCCCACCCCGGAGCGCAGUGGUUAAAAAUACGGACGAUGCGGCCGGCGGCCGUUAUGAAUGACGCCACUAGAGCGUGGCCGAAUCACUCGCGAAUCACUCGCGAAUCACUUGCGAAUCGCACGCUAGUCGACAGCGAUACCGCGUUGGCAGAGCGCCCCCAGACGAAUCAGGCGGCCGCCGCGUUUCCGUCUAAACCACAUGGA